CUCGACGGCGAUCUUCGCAGAGAACGAGAACGUUGAUAUUUAUUUUGCCAUCCGUCUGCCCCACUGCAGUGCUGCGCAGUGCGCACGAGGUCAUCGUUGAUUAAUUCUGUUCGCUUCCCUGGAGGAAGCCUGAGUGGAGCUAACAGGAUAUCUCCUCUCUAUAUCUUCUAAGCACUGCUCGUGGCAACCCCCCGAAUCCGACACUUUCACUCACCUUUUUCUCCUAAAAUCUCUAGUUCAGGUUAACUGAUUCUUGCAUCAACGCGCAGCUAGGAAAGCAAUCUAUCUAUCGGCAAUUGCAGCCGAUUGCCCUGUGACGUGAAGCCGCCAAUUUAUAUAUGGAGCACGAUGAAGGACACACUCCGUCCUCCCCCUUCAUUUGCGCCUCGCGACCCGUUGUUCGCCUCUGACGACAUCAGCGAGGAGGACCAUUUUAUCAACUCCACACCUUCAUCCCUUUACCAACACGAUCCAAGCACCUCCCAGCUGGUGCUGGAACGUUAUCCAUCACAAGAAUCAGCGUACCCCUCCCAGGUCAAUCUCAUGAGCAACUACGAAAAUGAUGUCUAUAGGCAACCGCAAAGCAGACAGGAAAGUGGGGACUCGCAUCCAUGUGAGGCUAGCGCUACGCAGACAGGAACUCAGAAGCCAUCUGUCCACUACCACCAGGAUGUAAAUUCAUCGCCCGCUACCGGAAGUUACUUCGGAUUUCCCAAAACGGACUCACGUCAAUCUUCGGAUGAUGAAGAUGAGGAAGACGAGUUCGAUUGGAGUGGUGACGAGGAUCUCGAUAAUGAGGAAGCCAAGUUCGAGAAGCAAAUGGGUGUAAAAAUUAAAUCUCGCGGCUGGGGCAUUAUCAGGCUAGUUACUUUGCUCUUCUCCUCACUAAUCGGGUCUGUCUUCCUCGCGGCAGUCUUAGUAACCCCCGCUCUCAUUGUCCAUUUCUUCUGGUACAAGCCACAUCCAACGGACCACAGACACUUUGUCGACAUCAAUAUCGAGGCUUGGCUCUUCUGGGCAGCAGCCAAUGUCGUCAUUUCUUGGGGUCUCGCAAUGAUCAUCGACAUUGUACCUGCUAUCAUACGUGUGGCGAUUGCACUCACAUGGGGCCAUGUCUCAGAGAACGUUAGAUCGAAGCUCGAGUUGUAUGCCUCGAUCAAGGAUACUGUCAAACCUUUAUUCUAUGCCGCAAGCGCCUGGCUCAGCUGGAACAUUCUGUUUCAGAAUAUCUUUGGGUUGAAUGACUCGACUAAUAUCCAGAAUUAUGCUCCUUACACGGACCGUGUCGCCCAAGGAAUUGAAUUUUUGUUCUUCUUUACCCUUGUGAUAUGCAUUCAAAGGAUGCUCUCGCAUGCUAUUGCCUUCGCAUUCCAUAGGACUGCGUAUAAGGAACGUCUGGACGAAGUUAAGAAAGCUCUUCAAGUCAUAGAAACGCUUCGCAACUACAAGCCUAAAUCAUCUACCCGUCACAAGUCCAAUGGUUCCCAAACAAUGUUUGCGACCUUCACUGGGUUCAAGCCGUUCAGCGACAAAGAGCAUUACAAUAUCCUCAGUAGCAGACUGCGCUCCGAGAGCUCCGCACCGAGCGAAGGUGACGAUGCGGACAUGGAGGACGGGGGAAAGCUGAAGAAGAAAAAGGGAAAGGGUAAGAGCAAACAUAAGCAGCGCGAGCCGACCAACUUGGUAGUUUCGGAAGAUCUAGAGUCUUAUGGCACCACGCCAGAACAAACUGGCUCUGUGGCAACAACGGCUACCCACUCCCCAGUCGAUAAGCAUACCACUCACAAAUACCCUCCUACCCCCCAGCGUUCUGUUGACCCACACGCUGAAGAUCCGACUAUCGUCGUUCAAGCAGCGAAGGCGUUUAAAACUGCUGUACUGCACGAUGCCCGGAAUAUCAAGGGUGCCACUGGUGGGCUUGAAGCGCUGGUCUUCAGCGUGAGCUCAACACACGAGGCGAAGCGUCUUGCCAGGGCGAUAUACAGGACCUUCAGAAAUCGCCGACAUACCUACCUCGAGCCCGAAGACUUCUACCCCGCAUUCGCUACGCAGGAGGAAGCCAAAGACGCUUUCCGCACUUUCGACCAAGACAACAACGGUGACAUAUCGCGGUCUGAGAUUAAGUCGUCGCUGCUUCGCGUGUACAAGGAACGUCGGUUCCUGUCACGCAGUAUGCGUGAUGUUGGCGCUGCACUCAAGACUCUCGAUCAGAUUUUGCUCCUCUUCGCUCUCAUCAUCUUGUUCUUCAUCUCGUUGAGCAUUUUCGGUGUCAAUGUGACGCAGUCCUUGACGAGCGUGUAUUCCCUUGGUCUCGCGGCCAGCUUCAUCUUCAAGAACUCAGCGAGCAAUGUCUUCGAUGCAAUCGUGUUCUUGUUUGUAACUCAUCCCUUUGAUACUGGUGACCGAUGCUUCAUAGAUAACGAGAAUCUAGUUGUCAAGAAGAUGGGCUUGUUUGCGACGGUUUUUGCUCGAUCAGAUGGUACCGAAACGUAUUACUUCAACAGUCAACUGUUCGCGAAGUUCAUCACGAACGUCCGCCGUAGUGAUAAAAUGGCGGAAUCUUGUACUAUCCAAGUUGCAUGGCGCACGCCACAAACAAAGCUGGACGCGCUUGAGGAAAAGCUGAACAAAUGGCUUUCCACUGAGGAGAACAGGUGGUUCCAGCCGACCACAUCGGUCGUGUUGCAAAACAUCAGUUACCAACGCUAUCUGGAGUGUACGAUUGGUAUCUCGCACAACUCAACAUGGCAAGACUGGGGCCUCCGAAAUGCGCGCAGGACCGCCUUCCAUGCAGCAGUUCAAUACUACUGCCAGGAGUUAGGAAUCACAGCAUAUGAGGCACCUAUACCCAUUGCAUAUGGAGACGCUAACACGCAACGAUACGACAUUCCCCAAGAACCAAUACUACCCAACCCCUUUUCAGAUAUUCGGUCUCCUGUCACCCAACGUUCCCCAGAUGCAGCUCCGAAGAGCUUCCUUGGUUUCACACCUCCGAGGGAUCAAGGUACUCGUUUGACACGUUCACACACCCGUGUGCGCAAAGGCAAGAGUCGCAAAGCAGCUGUGCGGGGAGUGGGUGCGGACGGUGGAAAUGGCUGAGCGCGCAUCUCGACCAUGCAAGACGACUUGUUUGGACACUAAGUACUAAACUUAAGUAAGCGUAUACCCGACCCUAGAAUCUCGUAGAGUAACUCUGUCAAGGGGUGGGACUCUGAACCAGAUUGUCUGUGUUGUGGUGUAAUUUAGAUCUAGAUCAUUUUCUCCUUUUUAGUGACUUUGAUGGUGAGGCGACCACACAAGUUGUCUGACAUUGUCCAACAGUUCGUGA